AUGACCUCUCUCAUCAACACUGUGCGAAAUAAGUUCUUGGACGCAAUUAGAGCCGUUAACCCCCCGGGCAGAUGGAAGAUUUUGGUUGUGGAUGAGCAUGCUCAGCAGCUGCUGGGUUCCGUCUUGAAACAGUAUGACAUCCUCCAAGAGAACGUUACGCUGAUUGAAUCGAUCACCAACUAUCGCGAGCCUCAGCCUGGUUUUGAGGCCAUGUAUCUGUUAAUGUCGACCUCGCAGAACGUCGAUCGAAUAAUCAGAGACUUCUCCGACGGGAAACAGCAAUAUGCUGGUGCUCAUCUCUUCUUCAUUGACGGAUUGGAUGAGCAGCUAUUCCAACGCUUGACGUCGUCCCCAGCGGAACCGCAUUUGAAAGCUUUGCAGGAACUGUUUAUUAACUUCUGGGCCAUUGAAGCUCAAGCCUUUUCCCUCAAGUUACCCGGUGCAUUCUUCAACAUUUAUAGCCCACCUCGGAGCGACUCAGCGUUCCCCUCCGCUCGUAGUCGUCUCGAAGAGGAACUGCGGUUCGCGAGUAAGAUGAUUGUCAACGUCUGCAUUACCCUCAACGAAUAUCCCUAUAUUCGCUACUAUCUGCCGAGCCACCACGCACCUCUUGGCGCACUCAAGCCGCACGCGUCCACGCGCGCUCCGCCACCAGCAGAGGGCAGCGGACGAUGGCGCACACAGCUAGCGCGUGGUGCAGAAGCACGAUCGUACGAAGCUGCGGAUUCCGACUUUGUAACCAAGAUUCUCGCGUUCGCAGUGCAGCGUGAGCUGGAUGAGUACAAAAAGGCUAACCCUGAUUUCCCGAAAGCAUCCGACCCUCCUCGACCACGUUCUACAAUGAUUAUCACAGACCGUGCCAUGGACACUAUCUCCCCUUUCAUACAUGAAUUUACUUACCAAGCUAUGGCAAACGAUCUACUUCCUAUCGAAGACGGUACGAAGUACACAUACAAGUUCCAGUCCGCGCAAGGUACAUUUGAGGACAAGGCUGCGAUACUUUCCGACGCGGACAACGUGUGGACCGCUGUUCGGCAUAUGCACAUGCGCGAGGCAAUCGACAAGCUGAUGGCGGACUUCAACCAGUUUUUGCAGGACAAUGCUGGAUUCAAGGGAGAGGGAGCAGCAAACCUGAAUGACAUGAAGGACAUGCUUGCCAACCUACCGCAGUAUCAGGAGCAACGAGAGAAGUUCUCAUUGCACCUAAACAUGGCUCAAGAGUGUAUGGGGAUCUUCGAACGCGCUAAGCUGCCCUCUGUUGCAGCAGUCGAGCAGAAUUGCGCAACAGGUUUGACAGCUGAAGGUAAGACGCCGAAAACCUUGGUAGAGGAAAUGGUGCCACUGCUGGAUAGCCGAGAUGUUAUUAACUCCAACAAGGUUCGCGUGAUCGCCCUCUACAUCCAAUUCCGCGAAGGCGUGCCAGACGAGGACCGGCGAAGGUUGUACCAGCAUGCAAAACUGUUGAUGGCAGAGCAGGAUGCAGUCAAUGCUUUGGUGCACUUUGGAGUACGGAUAAGCAGAGGUCCAGGAGAUCGAGAUGUGAAGAAGAAGAUCAAACAAAAGACGAACAACGAGGAGGAAUACGAGCUAUCUCGAUUCAAACCUCUAUUGCGAACAGUACUGGAGGAUCACGUCAAUAACCGACUCGACCCCACGCUCUUUCCCUAUGUUAAAGAUGCACCAUCACUAGCGCCAGCAACACCCAGCUUGCGCACCGCAUCACCCAUACAGCCCACAACUUCUCUGCGGAGUGCGAAGCCUAGCUGGCACCGCGCCGCCAAGCCGGGCGGUGCUCGGGAAGAAAUUCGACAGCGCGUCUUCGUCUUCGUGGCCGGCGGUAUGACCUAUGGAGAGAUGAGAGAAGCGUAUCUCCUGUCCAAAUCCUUGAACAAGGACAUCGUUAUCGGUUCUACGCACGUCACUACACCUACACAGUUUGUCGACGAUCUCAAGGUCCUGGACCUCGGCGGCGUGGGCUCGCGCGCAAUCCCCAACGGACUCCCCGAGAGCAAGGGGGCGCGGCCUCUGCAGGCAUACUACGACGAGAAGUACUUUACUCGCGAUGCGCCGCGUCCACAGCCCGCUGCGGCGCCGGAGCCCAAGCACCGCCAGGAGCCAGGGCGAUUGCAUAAACCAUCAGUGCCCUCCUUCACUGGCUCGACGGCCUCUGUGAACAGUACCACGAGCAAGGAGAAGGACGAGAAGAAGAAGAAACGGGGGCUGUUCCACUUCUAA